AGCUAUGAAAACUAGUCAAACCUGAUUGGUCAACAAGUUGAAACUGUGAUAUGUAUACAUUUAGACACAUCUGUCUGCAGACAAAGAGAGGCAAACUGUUGUCAAAAACUCAGGAAAGAAGGUUUAUACUGUAGUUGAAGGAACGUGAAGGUGCUGACAUGAAGUUGAGACUGUUGGCGGUGGUGACUGUGGCGCUUCUGGUGCUCAGCCCAUCCGAGGCCCAGACCAUCUCCAAAUGCGAGCUGAAAGACAAGCUUGAGGCAGCGAUCACCCUGCCCAGAAUCCUUCAAAGAUUCAAGGAAAGACUCCUGGCAAUAGUUGUCUGUCACAUGGAGCUGGUGUCAGAGUUUCCCAGGAUGGAAGACCAAAACAGUAGGGAGAUCACAAUAUGGCCCCUCUCCGGGGAGCCUCCAACGACAACCUGGCCUACACCACCAACCCGCCUGGAUGAGCCUGAGGACCCUUUAAUCCCAAUAUGGCAGAACGACAGGCAGCGACGGGCCGUCAACAAGCCUACACCAUCCACUCAUCCUAAAACGUCCAUUAAUCCCAAAGCAUCCCCUCGUCCCAACACAUCCACUCGUCCCAACACAUCCACUCGUCCCAACACAUCCCCUCGUCCCAACACAUCCCCUCGUCCCAAAACAUCCCCUCGUCCCAACACAUCCACUCUUCCCAACACAUCCACUCACCACAACACAUCCACUCUUCCCAACACAUCCCCUCGUCCCAACACAUCCACUCGUCCCAACACAUCCACUCGUCCCAAAACAUCCCCUCGUCCCAACACAUCCACUCUUCCCAACACAUCCACUCACCACAACACAUCCACUCAUUCCAACACAUCCAUUCAUUCCAACACAUCCACUCAUCCCAACACAUCCACUCACCCCAACACAUCCCCUCGUCCCAACACAUCCACUCACCACAACACAUCCAUUCAUUCCAACACAUCCACUCAUCCCAACACAUCCACUCUUCCCAACACAUCCCCUCGUCCCAACACAUCCACUCGUCCCAACACAUCCACUCAUUCCAACACAUCCACUCAUUCCAACACAUCCACUCUUCCCAACACAUCCACUCUUCCCAACACAUCCACUCACCACAACACAUCCAUUCAUUCCAACACAUCCACUCAUCCCAACACAUCCCCUCGUCCCAACACAUCCACUCGUCCCAACACAUCCACUCGUCCCAACACAUCCACUCGUCCCAAAACAUCCCCUCGUCCCAACACAUCCACUCUUCCCAACACAUCCACUCUUCCCAACACAUCCACUCACCACAACAUAUCCACUCAUUCCAACACAUCCAUUCAUUCCAACACAUCCACUCAUCCCAACACAUCCACUCUUCCCAACACAUCCCCUCGUCCCAACACAUCCACUCGUCCCAACACAUCCACUCGUCCCAAAACAUCCCCUCGUCCCAACACAUCCACUCUUCCCAACACAUCCACUCAUUCCAACACAUCCAUUCAUUCCAACACAUCCACUCAUCCCAACACAUCCACUCACCCCAACACAUCCACUCAUUCCAACACAUCCAUUCAUUCCAACACAUCCACUCAUCCCAACACAUCCACUCACCCCAACACAUCCACUCAUUCCAACACAUCCACUCAUUCCAACACAUCCACUCACCCCAACACAUCCACUCAUCCCAACACAUCCACUCAUUCCAACACAUCCACUCAUCCCAACACAUCCACUCAUUCCAACACAUCCAGUCAUCCCAACACAUCCACUCACCCCAACACAUCCAGUCAUCCCAACACAUCCACUCACCCCAACACAUCCACUCAUCCCAACACAUCCACCGACCCUACAGACCAGGCCCAGCCUGGAAACUCUUCAACUACAAUCCGUCCCAGGCAGCGACGGGGUGUCAGGCAGCUUCCAUCCAACAACACUGGUCCUACACCAUCCACCCACCCUCCACACCUGGACGAGAAGGUCUGGGCACUCUAUGGUCUUUUCCAGCUCAGCAGUCACCUGGUCUGCAGCAAUGGCACGACUCCAUCACCCAACAUCUGUGGGAUGGACUGCAACAACUUGAUUGAUGACAACAUAAGUGAUGACAUCAGCUGUGUGAUGAUGAUCUUCAAACAGCUGAUCAUCAAGAUCAUCUACCAGCAACAGUGCAGUAAUCAGAAUCCCUCUGAGUACUUUGCUGAAUGCUCUUAACCUAAAUACAUUUAGUGCCAAAGCUAUCACUGGAAGGAUUCACUACCUCCCAAAUGAGUGGCCAGUGAUUUAUGGCAAUAAUAAAGUGAAGCAUGUUGCUCUGGCUCUGUUUAUGUGAUAUCUAUAAACCAAAAAUUAAGCCUGCCACAUAGCAUUGGGCACAAGACCGAUGAAGGAAUUUCCACAGAAACAAUGAAAAUGGUCGAAAGAUUGGUUCUAUAAAUAUUAUGUGUUAUUAUUGCUUCAGCAGCAAUAAUGAAUUCCAUUAUUUUGUUAUUAGGUUGUAUGAUUUGAGUCACCAGCACACUACCAACAAGUCAAGAGUCCUAUAUUUAACAAAUGUAAGAGACCCUAAAUAGGUGGGGCUGAAUCCGACAUUUCACUGUAUAUUUAUUAUUGUUUUUUGAUCUUCCCGUCUUCCUGCCAACACCAUCCUUCUAAUAAAAAAUGAUUUUAUUUAUUACAAAAUGUGACAAAAUGGUGAAAAUACAGCUACUAUGUAAUUUUGAAUAAAGAGCUAUUUACCGGUUGUUACAGCCACAAAAUGAAAACAGGCUGCUGAUUUUGGUGAGAAAGCCCUAAUGUGGAGGGCUAAAUCUGGGAUUACAAAAAGACUCUCACAAAGAUGUCAGACUACCCUCCCUUCAGCUGAAGAAAACUCCCACCCCUUCUUACAAGGUACAAAGUAAUUUAAUGUGUUGUUUUGGAAACAACAAAAGUUUAUAAAACGUAAAGAAAGUUUGUAGUCCCUUCAUGCUACACACACAGAACUUGUUUCUCCUUACAUUUAAUCUCUCAUGCAUGUACUUCUAUUAUUAUGUUUUAUCCAUUACAUGUUCUUAUUAUUAUACUCAUUGUAUUAGUCUGUCCACAUAUGGAGGGUUUAGGUGACAGCUUUGAGAUUGUUUUAUUGUUUUGCCGUUAUUCUGUUCCCCAGAACAUAGAAACCCGGACUGUCUAAAUGAUUAUGCUUCCCUUUGCUCUGGGCCAGACGCUUGAAGCUGCCCUGGGCAGCAGGUCUCUGGACCAGCUGUUGAUUGUUUGAGUACUUCCUUGCUAUUUUCUCCUUAAAUAAAUUCUGAAAGAGAACUGUUGCUGUAAUUCUUUUAUUUGCUCAAUUAUCCACCAGGAAAUAUCCAUGAAUAUUCCACAAUGCAUUUUUUGCAUUUGUGUGAGAAUGUAAACAGCAGCAACAUGAUGAUAAAAUGGUUUUCAUCACGUUGAAAGUCUGACGUCUGGGAAACAGCGUUCGAGUAUGAGGACCAAACAUGAAAACACAGAGUCCGCCUCUUCUCAUCAUGCUAGAGUCUUGCACCUGCCGAGUGCUUCAUCCUGGAUGUUGAUAGGGCAGGUCUCUGUAAAGAUGUGGGCAGUCUCUAAUUUCUGUUGCUUGGGCAACAUGAGUCCCAUUUUGUCCAGACCGGACCUUCAGUAGCAGCCGUAAGUCCAAGCUGUGCCAACGUGGCCUAUAUCCCGGCUCUCUUUCCCUCUCUGAGCGACACCACGCCAUGGUACCUGGUCCACUUGAUCUGAGUGGUGGCUCAAGGUUUGCUGGUCUUUAAUCCAAAACCCUGUCUUCCUUUUUAAAUUAAUAAAUAUUUCUGUCAUAGGUAACGUGUUUCGGCAAUAAAGCCGUGGAAAAAAAAAAAGAAAAACAAAAGUGUUGCGACGUUUAAAGGAGCUACCGGCUGGUGCAUCUACAUGUGCUGCCAGUUGCCAUAGCAAUAAUAAUGUAAAUUUUUUUUAUGUAAAGCACUUUGAAUUGCCUUGUUGUUGAAAUGUGCUGUACAAAUAAACUUGCCUUGCCUUAA